UGUCUUCGUUCAUUCCACACGAUUCGAGUGUAGUUUGACAGUUCACAAAGCACCGUUUUUGUCGUUCGUACACAUUUAUAAAUCGUAAUAUUAAAUUCUGUUUAUUUUGUUGAAAAAUCGUUGAAAAAGUUGAAUCGUCUUCAUAUUUUCCAAACAAAAAUGAGUUUUAUCCGUCACCCGUGUCGAAUAAUUUCGAAUUUGGCCGUGCGAUUAAAUGUCACAAAAGGUCUGCAUACACAAUCACCGACGUCAGGAACACCGUCAACAACACAAAAAAUUCUAAGCGAUGAUGUUAUCGAUUUUCCCGGCAUUCGUCAAACAAUUUACACAACUGAACCGCUAUUUCAACAGCCAGAAAAUGUAAAUUCAAUUCCAAUUUAUCGUGUGCUUGAUCGAUCCGGGAAUAUUUUGGAUAACAGUCAAGAGCCACAGCUAUCCCGGGAAGUUGUACAGAAGAUGUAUCGAAAUAUGAUUCAGUUGAGUAUUAUGGAUAAAAUUUUAUACGAAUCACAGCGACAGGGUCGAAUUUCAUUUUAUAUGACACAUUACGGAGAGGAAGCGACACAAAUUGGUUCGGCCGCUGGUUUGCAUCGUGACGAUUUAAUUUAUGGGCAAUAUCGUGAAGCGGGAGUUUUGUUAUGGAGAGGAUUCACCGUUGAACAGUUCGUUGAUCAGUGCUAUGGAAAUGUUGGCGAUAAGGGAAAAGGCAGACAGAUGCCCGUUCAUUAUGGAUCUAAGGAAUUGAAUUUUGUUACCAUUUCCAGUCCAUUAGCCACUCAGAUGCCACAAGCGGUGGGUGCUGCGUAUGCAUUAAAACGACGUCCAAAUAACAAUCAAUGUGUGGUCACAUACUUCGGAGAAGGUGCCGCAUCAGAAGGUGAUGCACAUGCUGCCUUCAACUUUGCCUCAACACUAUCAUGUCCGGUUAUUUUGUUUUGUCGAAAUAACGGUUUUGCCAUAUCAACACCGAGUUCCGAACAGUAUCAAGGCGAUGGAAUAGCUGGAAGAGGACCAGCUGGAUACGGAAUUGCAGCCAUCAGAGUCGAUGGAACCGAUAUAUUCGCUGUAUACAAUGCCACCCGUGCCGCCCGUGACUAUGUGAUGAAACACAAUAAACCCGUUAUCAUUGAGGCGAUGGCUUAUCGUGUUGGACAUCAUUCCACAUCUGACGAUAGUACUGCCUAUAGAUCAGCCGAAGAGAUUGAAGUAUGGCAAAAUUCAGAGCAUCCGAUCAAUAAACUGCAAAAUUAUAUGACGAAAAAAGGAUGGUGGAAUGAACACGAUGAAAAUGAGUAUACAAAAUCGAUACGAAAACAGAUUUUGACACAAAUUUCGGUGUCGGAGAAAAAACCAAAAGCCGACUGGCGUCAACUGUUCAGCGAUGUUUACAAUGAAAUGCCACAACAUUUGAUCGACCAACAACGUGAAAUGGAAGAACAUUGUGAGGAAUAUGGCAAACAUUAUCCGUUGCAAGACUUCCCAUCUAAAUAAAUAAAGCCAAUUGACCCAGCAUGAAAUUUACAUACCAAAAAUUAUUAUUAUUUGAUCUGAUGGCAUUUUAUUCCAACAAAAAAGCAACUAAUUUAAUUUUUGUAAUUUUAACUAUUCUUUGUUAACAUUUUGAGUCUGACUAAAGUCACGGGUUUUUAUGUCAUUUUGUUUUUGGACGUGGAAUUAAAGGGGAUGAUUUUUUUUAUUUAAGACA